CUCACCGGUUCUUAAAUUGUUUUGUUAAUAUCUGUGAAAAUCUUAAAAUCAACCCUUCCCUUGAGCUUUUCCUCCACAUGUACGAAGUUCUGCCCGGGACUAGUAAUUGCCCGGGCUUCGUUUAUUUUCAUUCACGUAAUAAGAGGAGUUUUGUGACCGGUCUUCCCCCUAGCCACAAAAGAUGGAAGAAGAGAUUUGUUUUUGUUGAAUUCCCCCCUGACCAAUUUCCUUUCUCUAACCCUGAGUGGGCUGACCGGGUUAUAAAACCUGAAAGGGUUCAUCCGGAGCCCACCAAAGAUCUUGAGGACGCCUGCGAGAAACUUCUCAAGGGUGAUCCUGUGACCGGGAAACCUUAUGCCUAUGGAGGCUGGGUAUUCCGGCUAUCUAAUCCGGAUGGGGGUGAAUCUGCGACCCAUGACGCAGAAGAUGACCGGGCAAACUCCCCGGAUGGUCAUGCUGAGGCCAGUUCUCCUCGUCCAGACAUGAACAUCAACAGGAUGACCACCAUCAUCGAGGAUGACGACGAUGAUGUCCAAGUCCUCCACUCCAACCGGUCUCCUAAUCGCAACUCUCCCUCCCCUCCUCAAAACCUUGGAGUUGAAGGGGCCUCAACUGCUCGGUGCUCUUCCUUUGAUGAUCUCAUUCGAGAUAAGCAGGUUGGAGUCCUAUCUGAAGAGAUUGGCCAGUCACUCAUCGAGCCAACCAACCAGGUCUCCCAACUGAAUCUCCUGCUUGACUCGGCCAAAUCAGAAAUAAAUGACCUGGUCGAGAGGGAGAGAAGGUUAGAAGUAGAGCUGAGGGCCGAGAGGGCCUUGCUGGAGGAGGAAAGGGCCAGAUCUGCCCGGUUGGAGGAGGAAGGCAAGAGGAAGGUUGCUGAGCUUGAAGAGGCGUUGGCCCAAGCUGAAGAGACUGCCCGGUCAAAAGAGGAGGCCUUUCCUGAUGAUGCUGCGAUCUGGGCCGGCUGCCAUCACACUGAAGUCGCCCGGUCCAUUCUCACCAAUCCGGAGGACACCAUGGAUUUUUUCAAGACUAUGUACAAAGAACCGGAGGGCAUGAGGAUGAUAACUGAGAUCGGGUCAUACGGCUUCCAGUGUGGCCAGAAGGAUGAGAGGUCCCUUCUCUAUGCCAGGCUCCAGAAGAGGGACCCUUCAUUUGACCCGGCCAAGAUGAAGCUUCCUCCUUUGUACAAGGAAGAGCCAGCCCCCCCUUUCCCUUUGCAGUAGGUUAGGGUAGAUAAUUUAAAAAAAACUUUGAAUUUUCCCAAGGCCUGGGGGAUGUCCGGCCUACUUCUGACUUGUUUAAUAUUGUCUUUUGUUUGGCAUGGUUUUCAAUUUACCGGCUUGUUUCUUCUUUCAGUUUGCAUGGUUGUCCUUUUCUAUGCAUGGUUAUUGCUUUUCUUUUCUUCUUCUUGAUCGCCUUUGAAUGAACUUCCAAGUCAAUA